AGGGCCCGCGGAGCGGACGACGGACGGACGGCGGUAGACGGUCCGCGCUUGCCGUAGCGGCGUUAGCGUUCCGCGUCCAUUUGUAAGAUGGCCGACCACAGGGAACGAGACUCUUAUUACUCGCAGACGGAUCUGCGCUCGAAGAACGACGAUCCGCCGAACUCGCGGCUCUUCGUCAUCUGUCACAAGAGCCUCGAGGAGGAUGACCUCAGGAAGGCGUUCGAGAAGUUCGGCAAGAUCGAGGACAUCUGGGUGGUUAAGGAUCGUAACACGGGCGAGAAUAAAGGUGUCACGUACAUCAAGUUCUCCAAGACGUCGGAGGCGGCGUUCGCGCUCGAGGAGAUGAACGGCAAGAUGCUGGGCUCCGUCGGCAGACCGAUCAAAGUGAUGAUCGCCUCGAACCGGGAUCAGGGCUCCGUGCGCGAGACGAACGAAGAGGAGAGGUGGGUGCGCUUGUUCUGUGUCCUACCGAAGACAAUGAGUGACAGCGAGCUGCAACAGGAAUUCUCCAUGUUCGGGGCGAUCGAGUACGCGACCGUCGUCAAGGACCGGUCGACCAACGAGUCCAAGGGCUUCGGCUACGUCAAGUUCAAGAAGGUGUCGAGCGCGGCGCGGGCGUUCGAGGAGUGCGACAGGAAGUACAAGGCGGUGUUCGCCGAGCCGAAGAAGCCCAAGCCCGAUCACAACGACGCCAAGUACAACAACGGCCUGUCCGGCGCCACGUACGACGGCACCAGCGGCAGCUAUGGCUCCUCCAACUUCGGCAAGAGCAGCAUCAGCCUAGAGAUCGCCACCAACUACUCCAACUCGGAGGGCUACACGCGUCUGCAGGUGAUCGCGCACCCGGCCCUCAAUCAGGACCAGCUGUGGAAGCUGUUCGACAUAGUGCCCGGGCUGGACUUCUGCCACUUGAAGACGGACGUGAGAUACCGGAUGCCGCGCGGACAGGCCGUGGUGGUGUACAACAAUCCGAGCGCGGCGGCGUACGCGCGCGAAAAGUUCCACGGUUUCGAGUACCCGCCCGGGCAUCGGAUGAUCGUCAAGCCGGACUUGACGAGCGCGCCGCCCAAGAGCACGUCGAAGCCCGGCGGCUCCGCGGCGGGCAGCGUCGCCAGCGCGAGGACGGACCUGGCGCACUUGGCGGAGACCAUUGCUCAAGCUACGUCGUUGAUUCAAGCGGCGGGUCUGACGGCACCGAGCUUAGAUCACAUAUCCGUGAAGCUGCCACCGGUGCAGCCGAUGGCGAGUAUAGACGCCGAGGUCGCCAAGCGGUGUUUCAUCGUGUGCGGCCCGCCGGUGCCGCCUAUCUACGCCAUGAAGGAUGCGUUCUGUCGAUUUGGCAACCUUAUAGAUGUAUAUAUGUUACCCGGCAAGAAUUGCGGGUACGCGAAAUACGCCAGCGUCAGUAGCGCGAACGAGGCCAUUGAGGUCCUGCACGGUCAAGAGAUCUGUGGCUCGCGGUUGAAGGUGCUGGAGGCGGAGGAACGAAACGUCGGCGAGGACCGGCGGAAACGAUUACGAAUGGACGAGGACGAGAACUAAACGUGUUUUAAUUAAAAUGCGUAUCUCACUGACUGGUAUACACAAGCCGGACGCACGCAACAAAAAGAGACGAAUUUAAAGACUACUACUCACUUGACCACAUCAAGGGCCUGCAUCCAGGGAAAACUACUCCAACUACCUACCUAUAUAUAUUUAACUGUUCGCUUACGUUCGCGCAGCUGCAACUCUCUACGUUACUGAAACCUUUAACUGCUACUCUACUAUACUACUGUUACUUUUUAUCCUCUUACACGUCCGUUCACACACGAUACGCUGCGCGCGCGGACGACCCGUGUUUCUGUUACUUUAAGAGGCCUGUGCGAACGGCCGAUAUCGUUGAGUGCUUGCUCGCUUUGCACCUGUAUAAAGAGCGCCCUUCUUCACAUCCAAAAAUACGGAAAGUGUACACCUUUCUUCGGGCUUUGUGAGGCUCGGAGGAAGCGAAGCGCGAACACAUGGACGAGGUGCACGGAUCGACUUGUUUCCUCGACUGGUUCUCGCAUAUACACGGCUAAUAUUUAUUUUUAUCCUUCUCUAAUCUUUUAAUGGCAUUUACCCUUACUUAGCACCUGCCAAUCGACUUCCGUUUCAUCUUGAUGUUGACCACUAAGGAGGUCAACGCCAUUGCUCAAUUCCGUCGCUCAUUGUUGGUUAAAAAGUUAUGAAGAAAAGAAGUUUCAUAAACGCUAUGUAAUUCUCUACCAUUGGAAAGUUGGAAUGAUCCACGCGCAAUCCUAUGAUGAUGGAAAUAGGUUUGCUUUGUAUAUAAAGGAUGAUCGGAGAUGGAAUUUGCCUCGCGCGAAUAGUUCAUACUGUCUCCACGCAUGUACUUCCGCCGUUGUACUGAUCCACAUGGGUUAUCCACAUAUUGCGACUUUCCACGUGAACCCGAAUGAAAAUCGCAAACACACGUGGAACAGUACAACGGCGAAAGUACAUACGUGGAGACAGUAUGUUCCGUCACCCCUUCGGGAGGGCUCCACUUCGUUAAGAUAUAACUCUACCCAAAUCAUGUCUGGUCGCAAACUACACAGCAUUUAUGAAACUUCUUUUCUUCAUAACUUUUUAACAAACAAUGAGCGACGGGACUGGGCAAUGACCUUGACCUCCUUAGUGGUCAAAGUCCAUAUCAAGGUCAAACGGAAGUCGAUUGGCGGGUGCUGAGCAAGGGUAAAUAUUGACCCUUUUAAUUUCUUGCUUUGCACAUUUUUCUGAAAUUAUAAUUAUUCUCAUUACUGAUACUUUCAAACGGUGAAUUGUUCGAAGUGUUUGAGCAAGAAGUCUCUUUAAAUCGAACAUUAAACUGACUCUGUGAGAGGUCCGUGAGGACAAUCGUCGACUUGGACUAUCCGUUCGCAUAGGCUUUUAGGUAUAACUUAUGCCUUAGGUUUAGCAAAGAGACCUUUUAUUUAUGAUUAAAUUUCUGUACUUUUCUUUUAUAGUUAUAUUGCGUGCAGAGAGGAAGGAAAGUAAUUUGUACUCCAUUGACAACUUUUACGAUAAGUUGAAAUUAUUGCGGACUAAUUCCGAAAACUAAUUCCAAAACAAGUGCAUUAUUGAGACAAUGGAAAUUUUAUUCUGUCUUGCGGUGAUAAGAUAAAAUUGUUUGAUCAAAUAUAUUAUACCAUCUAUUUUUGUCAUAUCGUUUAACUCGUGUUUGUAAUGAGAUAUUUUAAUUUAUCGAUGCUUUGCAAUAAAAUUGUGAAACAUUUGGUAAAAUCGCGUCUUUUACGCACAUGACCAGUGAAAUUUUUUAAUAACAAUUUAAGCUGCAAUUUUUACUUUUCAAAAGAGGUUUUGGUACAUAUAAACAACAUUUUGAUUGAGAACGAACGAUUUAUUUGUUCGUUUGAAAUUUAACUUGUCGAGAGAACUUCGGUGAUACUUUUUCAGUUUUAAUACACAGCUAGGAAAAUUUUUAUAAAGAAAAACAAGAAUACGAUACUAACACAAGUUAGUACUCGAUAUCAUACGUCGACGUUAACAUCUGAUUGGUAUUGGGGCAAAUCUUGUUUUGGAAGCAAUUGAUGUAGAAACGAAUGAAAUGUACUGGCAUGUAGACUGGUUAGAAGCACGAGGCAGAGGAAAGAAGCAUAAGUUUGUCGCUUACGGUGAAAGAAAGAAAGAAAAAGAAAAGACCAAUCCCCGGCAAAACCGAUACCCGAUAUCCAUCAUUACGAAAUCAGACAACCUCGUCACACAUCCCAGUGAUCGACGCACAACAUUGAACGUUUUAUGAUGGACACACAUUUUUGUACCACCGUGCGUUAGACUCCCACUGUAUUGACCGUACCGUAUGGUGUCCCAGAGGACUGUAACUGUGACUUGUUUUCUUUGGUGAUAUCAAAUACACAUGAAAUACGCAAUAAACCCCAAAAACACCGACUCUUUCACUUGAUUUUUUCUUUAUCAUUUACCGCCGAAUGGUGAAUUGUACGAUUUUGUCUAAUUGAUACUGAUCGAACUGGUGCUCCCUGAUAAUCUAACGUGUGUUCUUCUCGCUUUCAGGAUACCGCGAGGAUUCCAUGAAGCACUGUACCUGAAGACUGUGAUACUUCUAGCGACGUAAGAUUAUUAUAAUGUUUCUACGAGAUUGUAUAUACGAGGUAAAAAGUUUUACAUAAUAAAUUAAAUUAUUAUAUUUUUCGCACAGUU